AUGUCGGCGCGUGCCGGCAAGGAUGGCCGGUCAGCGCGUAGGGGCAAGACGGGGGUUACGCCUGAGGAAGGCGAUGUGCGCCCCAGCGUGAAUCUGGGUGGUGUUGUGCCACCUGACAGGGCUCUUCAGCCGGUGGCAAGUGAUUUGGAGUUUGCUGCUGGUGGAGGGCGGCUGUGGGUUGCCGGCGACGAUGUGGGAAGUAGGGACUGGGCUCAUCAACCGGCGGCAGGUGAUUUGGAGUUUGCCGCCGACGGCAGGGCUGGCGAUGGGCUGUCGGGGAUGAUGUGGCAAGUGGGAGACUUUUUUCUCGUCGUGUAG